UGCAGUCGGUAUACUCGGGAGGAAGCAGCAGAUCGGGGACCGUGAGACCGGCCGGGACCCUGGAGGACGGGAGGGGAGACCCGGAGGGGAAGCGAAGCGUGGGGUGGGGGAGGGGCGAGGCACCGCAGCGGGCGAGGCGGUUUCUCGGGCGCGGGGCGUUCUGGGUAAGGAGGCGGCCAUUGAUCCCACUGGGACAAGCGCUCUGCCCUGAAUUCACAGACUUGUGUGUGGUCAGCGCGCCGGUGGCCCGGACUCUGCUCGGCACACGAUAUUCAGGUUGAUGGAAGCAACGGCAGAAGUUGGUGCCCAGCCCGGAAAGAAAGAAGUAUUGGUAACGGAGGAUUCACAAAUGGGAAAAUCAAGUGAGGACCUGCCAGAAUCACUCAGUCCAUCGCAAUCUGAACAUCGUGAGCCUUUGAACACUGAAGCAAAAAGCACUGCUCACGGUGGGGAGAAAUGGUUCAUGUGCUCUGAGUGUGGACAAGGCUUCAGUCGGGCAUCUGAACUGUUGAAACACCAGCGCCAUCACACGGGGGAGAAACUGUGGAAAUGUGGAGACUGUGGGAAGGGAUUCAGUUACCUAACCCAGCUGGGAAUUCACCGUCGCAGCCAUGCCAGGGAGAGGCUGUUCACCUGCACCACGUGUGGAGAGGGAUUUCCUCUGUCAUCAGACCUGCAGAAACAUCAGCAGGUUCACAGCAGGGAGAAGCCCAUUAACUGCCGCGUGUGCGGGAAGGGAUUCACUCGCUCGUCCUCCCUGCUGACGCACGAGCGCGUUCACACGGGGGAGAGGCCGUUCACCUGCUCCGAGUGCGGGAAGAGAUUCAGCCGCUCGUCCUCGCUGCUGACGCACCAGCGAAUUCACACCGGGGAAAAGCCGUUCACCUGCUCCGAGUGCGGGAAGGAGUUCAGCCAGUCGACCAAUUUGCGGAAGCACCAGCGGGUUCACACCGGGGAGAGGCCGUUCACCUGCUCUGAGUGCGGUAAGGAAUUUGGUCUGUCGACUAACUUGAGGAAGCACUUAAAAGUUCACACCGGGGAGAGGCCUUUCGUCUGCUCCGAGUGUGGGAAGCGGUUCACUCGCUCCUCCUCCUUGCUGACGCACCAGCGGGUUCACACUGGAGAGAGGCCGUACGUCUGUUCUGAGUGCGGCAAAGGCUUUAAGCGAUCCAGUGGCCUGAUGACACACCAGCGAAUUCACACUGGGGAGAAGCCAUUCACCUGCUCCAAGUGUGGAAUGGGGUUCAGUCAGUCAUCCCACCUGGUGAAACACCAGAGAAUUCACACCAGGGAGAGGCCGUUCACCUGCUCCGAGUGCGGGAAGAAAUUCCCUCAGUCAACCCACUUGGUGACGCACCUGCGGAUUCACACCGGGGAGCGGCCGUUCACCUGCUCCGAGUGCGGAAUGGGGUUCACUCAGUCGUCCCACCUGGUGACGCACCGGCGAAUUCACACCGGGGAGAGGCCGUUCACCUGCUCCGAGUGCGGGAAGGGAUUCAGUCGGUCGUCCCACCUGAUGACGCACCAAGAGAUCCACACUGCAGUGAGGCCGUUCACCUGCUCCGAAUGUGGCAGAGGAUUUGCUUAUUCCUCUUACCUGUUCCAACACCAGAGAAUUCACACCGGGGAGAGGCCGUUCACCUGCUCCGUGUGCGGGAAGGGAUUUGCGUAUUCUUCGUAUCUGCUCAAACACCAGCGGAUUCACACUGGGGACAUGCCGUUCACCUGCUCUGAGUGUGGGAAAGGAUUUGCUUAUUCCUCUCAACUGCUCAAGCACCAGCGUGUUCACACGGGGGAGAAGCCAUUCACCUGUCCCAAGUGUGGGAAAGGAUUCGCGUAUUCUUCCAACCUGCUCAAGCACCAGCGGAUUCACACUGGGGGGAGGCUGUUCACCUGCUCUGAACGUGGGAAGCGAUUCACUGGGGUCUCCAAGCUGCAGGAAGUUCACCCUGGAGAGAAUGCUUAAGCAUGUGCAAUAUUGCUGAGACUCCUGCAGGCGUUGGGUCUGCAGUUAUUGCUAAGCUGAUCACACCCAGGACUGGACGAUUGUUAUUGUGGACAUUGUGGGGGGGUUUGUUUCUGCUGCAGUUAAUAACUGUAACCGGCCUGGAGUUGAAUACUCGGCACAGUGGCACAGGUAGCAGAGCUGCUGCUUCUCAGCUCCAACAACCAGAGUUCGACACUGACGUGGAGUGCUGUCAGUGUGCAGGUCGCAUGUUCUACCUAUAGCCGUGUGGAUUUCAUCUGGGGGGGCUCCGGGUUCCUCCCACAUCCCGAAGACGUGUGGGUCAGUAGGUUAAAUGGCCGUUGUGAAUUGACCCCAGUGUGUAGAAUCCGGGGGGAAUGUGGGGAGUACACGCAUCAGAUCGGUGUAAAUAUAAACUUGAUGGUCAGUGUCGACUUGAUGGGCCGAAGGGACUGUUUCUGUGCUGUAUGACCCCCUGACCCUUUGCCAGAUAAAUCAACUCUGUUUAAGCAGUGCUGAGUUUGCUGUCCCUCUCUCUGCCAGCCCCAUGGAGUCCCGAUAGCAGAUCAAGCUAUGUAGUUCAGAGUUAAAAGCAUGUACUUGUGACUCUCAAUACAAUCAAAGCUUAAAGCUUUUUGAAUGCUGAUUCUCAGUUGAUGGAUCUAACAACCCAGGCCGUUUGUGAUUCCUCAGAUCCAGGAGUUUGAUGUCCUAAUUCUUUUUAAUUCUAUAGAAGGUCACUAAUAAAUCCUAUAAUAAUUCCUGAUUCAGAGUAGGAGGCAUGUGAAAUGAUAGCAAUCAGCCUGGGGACAUCUCCUUGCUACUCCUGAUCGGUGACUGCAUUCACCUUCCUGGGGAUUGAAGGGUGAACGAUCAGACAGAACGGGGAAGGUGAGGAACUUGCAUUUCUUUUUAAAAGUCUCUGAAUUUCAAGCCCCACCCCUGGCUCUGCUGGAUGUCGGGUGCUUCUGAGGCGGAAUCUCUGCCUUCCACCACCUGAGGCCCGGUUGUCAUUGAACUUCAGGGUACUGAGGGUCAGUGAGGUCAGCCCCCUGCAUCCGGCCCGGCCUAGUGCUUGCACGGACGGCUGUGGGUGGCAGUUUCUGGUCCAGUGCGAUCCACCACGCGUGGGGUACAGAGCAGAGCUUUGGUGUCCUCAUUUAACGAGGCCUGUCCUUGCCUCAGAAGUAAUGCAGAGUUUGACCCCUGGGAUGAGGGGAUGGUCUUGCGAGGGACGAGACAUUAGGCUGGGCCUAUGUGUCUGGGGUUUAGGGCAUCCAAUCGAAAGGUUGACAGGGGAGAUGCUGUGAUGUUUCCUCUUGUGAGGUUAUCUUGGUUUCAUCAGGAAGGGGUGAUCCAUUUAAGACUAGGUUGAGGAGGAUCUUUAUUUUCUCUCUCUGAGACACAGAUGUUAGGAUGUCUGUUCCUGCAAUGCUGUGAAGGCUGAACCAUUGUUUUAUUCAAGAAGUGGUGUCCCAAAAAUCCAAAAACUGGAAUGUUAUCCAGAUUGGCAGGAAAGCCAAUUGAGGUCGAGACUGGAUCAUCCCUGAUUUUAUUGAUCUGCAGAGCAGCUCAAGGGGCUGAGUGACCUUUUCCUGCUCCUUAUUCAUCUGUUUUUAUGACCAAAGUUUUGGCCACGUGCUGAUAUCUCUCCACGUGAGACAGUGCGAGUCUCUGCUGUCUGGUAGACGCUGCGAAUCUCUGCUGUCUGGUAAUGCUUGUGCCAGAGAAGAACGGAUGCUGACAGUGAUUCAGUCCCCUGAAUGGCUCUGCUGUUUCGAGCCCUUUUCCCUGAAAUCAAAGGAACUGAAGCAGUUCAAAGUUAUUUACUAAGUCAUCCCACUGUAAAAUGCCCAGGAAAGCUAUCACUUGGGUACGACACUUGGGAGUUUGUAAAGGGUGCACUGGACCAUAUGUACUGAUUGGCAAAUGGUAAUUAUGGUUUGGCGCACCACUUAAAAUUUCCUUCCGUCAGUGGAUCGAAACAUAACCAACUUAAAGUGAAGGCAAACGUUAAUGAUAUCACAGUAUGGGGUUAAUAUUUAUUUUUCACUCUGCAUAAUGUUUAAAUCCUGUCAUUUUUCCAUCUUUACUUUGCAUUCCACAUAAUGUUUAAAACGUAAAUUAAACGUCGACCGUUUUGCAUCCUCGUCUCCUCUCUGUGAGAACUCCUCAGUAUGGCUGACUGCCUGGUCAUGCAGAUUCACGACAGCACAGCUGCUGGGUGUGAGAAGCUAACAGAUCAGGUCAGUUUUGGUGAAAUCUCAAAUGUGAGAUUGUGCUGAAUUUUCUAAUGGUAACGUGUUGAAAAGACAGGGACUUGUCAUGGUUUUGGUUUUGAGCCGACUUAAACUGGUAAAAUUUGCUGAGCUUGUGACCUGAAAAUGUCACAUAAAAAAUGGCACUCUUUGAAUUCAGAAGCCAUUCCAGGACCAAUAAUUCUCGGUUGCCGCAAACUGUGAACAUGUACUGUGCUGUACUGUUCUAUGUCAGCUAGCCUGUUUAAUAUAAACCUGGGUACCCAGCGUGUGAAUUUUGCCAAAAGCAACUGGGUGUCAUAUCACAAUUGCUUGAUUUUCAAAAGAUAAUAUUUGGUCUUGAAACCUCAGUGCACGGUUACAGGAUUGCAUCUGGUUUUAAAAAAAUUGGACUUUACAACUCUUAAUUGGAAUACUAUAAUAAUUUCAGUCUUCUCCGUGGAUUGUCACCUUGUCGUGGUGGAGAAGCUUGUGUGGUCCUGAGAUCCCGAGAGCGAUGCUGUCUGGAACUAUGCUCCUGGUAGGGUCACCCAUGGUGGUAAGGUCGAUGGUGAGGUCCCUGACAAAGAACAAUCCAACCAAGACCUCAACGGUGGAACAGGCGGACGAAGUUAUUUCAAACUCAACGGCCGUGAAGGCGGAUGAAGGCUGCAACAAAUCCAUCAGCUCCAAUCGUCGUGGUUUCCAUGCCACUGGAAUCAGUUGGUUAAUUUGUGAAGUAUCGUGUGUCUUCUGCAGUGCAACAUCAAGUACACGUUAAACAAACACACACAGGCGUCUUCGCUCUGUGACACGGAACGAAGACCAUCAUCCUCGACCUCGAGGGAUAGCCAUGAUGAAGAAUAAUUUCAGUAGAUUUGUGCAUUUUGAUUAAAAAUAAU